AUGCAUGCCACAGUCGGCGGCCCAACUUCUGCGACUGACAUCGCACCGCCCUCAUCCAGCGCGUCCGCCUUGUCCGCAUCUCCUCCGCCCGCCGGCUCCCCCAAUGAACACGGACCAUCCCCUCUCCGCCGCUUGAAAUCGAAGUCCUCCCUCUGGAGUAUUGGGAGCAGCAAUCAAAGCACCCACGAGGACGAAACAGCCCAGGAGCCCAAUAGUGCGGAGAAAACUAACGGCCGUUCGAUCUUCCGCCGCCUGUCUCCUGCCCUCGCUGCUCGGGUAAAGCUGCUCGACGGCGGCAGCAAGGUGACUAGUACGCCUCGCAACCCAGCAGUUGGUCGGAUCCCAGAAGAACACCUCAAGGUGCUGGACAGUCUACACCAGGACCUGUCGAUCAAGGUUGAGAGGAGAGGUCAAGCGUGGAACGGUACAACGAACACAUCUCCGGCAACAACGCAGACUCCGAAGCGAAGCGCGUCCAACACUCUCGAAUUACCCAGCCAGGAUCUCCUGCGAGAGAUUUCCGAAGCGCUCGGGCAAGGAUCAGAAUACGCCGACGCGGUCGUUGACGGCCCAGAGCACCCCGUUCUGGCCGCCGCACAACGGCCACAAAGCAAUUCUCCGCCGACAUCCAUGUCUGUUGCGGAAGCUGCUCCAGCGCCGCUGCGCGCUGGUCCAGAACUAGAAUCAGAUCCCUUACCCAAUAACAAGACGGAAGACACCCGGACCGAUUUCGAGAAAUAUGUCGACGACACAAAACGACACGAGGAGCAGUUAGAGGAGUCAGCUCCUCCUCCCCCGCCCAAAGAUUCCCCGCCUGCCUCAAUCACCUCCUCCUCAAAUACACAAUCAUACUUCAACCCGAGAGGGCUGCAGCGUGCUGAUUCAAUAUACUCUUUCUCCCGUGCCUCUUUCAGCAACCAGCUCUCCCAACUCACUUCCAUUCCCCUUCCUCAAGCGGAAGUACUCGAGACGAGCAUUUCGAACAUCGCGACCGCCCCUGCGGCCGUUCGAGCUUUGAAUGGACACGCUGAUCAAAUUAAAAUAUGGAUCGGAAAGGCCUCAGAUGUGCUUAGCGGCCUGGAUGCCGAGGAUGAUGUGGAAUGGGCGGCGGCAGGUGGCCGAGAAGGCCUUGAGGGUGUGGACAAGGCUAUUGUUCAAUUUGCUACUCUCGUCAACGUCUACAUGUCAUCAAUCGAGAACGUGCAGCUAAGGGACGACAUCGCGAAGGUUGACGCCGACAGCUUGAGAACCAUGAUCAGCCAGAUGGAAACUAUCACACAGAAAUGGGCCGGAAUAGAAAACAAGCUCAAGGGUGUGAAGGGACUUGUGGAAUUGGCAAUGGAAUGGGAGGAGCUGUGGUCCAACGUCCUAGGCGACGUAGGCAUGGAAAUUGACAACCUGAGUGGGAUGAUUUUCGAAAUGGAAGAGAAACGUCAUCAGAGUCUCAUGGACCCGACUGAACCUAGCGGCGGUCUUGAUAUCAACGAGCUCGAGACUAUUGUGGAGGAAUCCCCGACGAAGGGUCGGUCGCCUGCCAGCCGCUUGAGUAUUGGUCCUAUCUUGGCCACGGCAUCUGGCACGCCUGUAAUCAAGACUCCGCAGGACGAUACCAGCUACUCCAACCUCAUGGCUCUGUUUGCGCGCAUGCAACCAUUGCGGGCAUCCUUGGACUUUUUGCCCAUGCGACUAUCUAUGUUCCAAUCACGAGCCGAAGGUGUCUUUCCAAGUGCAUGCGAGGAGCUUGACGAGCGGCGAGACCGCCUGGAAAAGAGCUACAAGGUGCUAGAGACUGACGCGACGGCCUUGAAGAAAGAAUUGGGAGAGGAUAAGUGGAUUAUAGUGUUCCGCAACGCGGGCAGUCAAGCACAGAAGAUGUUUGACUCGGUUGAACGCAGUAUUGCCAAGUUACAAGAAGCAUUGGAAAGCAACGCACAGGUGAAUAACCCGUCGACACUGACCAAGCGGAUGGAGAAUUACGAGGCGAAGAAGAUGCACUACGUGCCUGCCAUCGAACGUGUGAUUACCAUCAUCCAAAAGGGCGUGAAUGAGCGUUUGACAGUCAAUGGCGAGGUCUUGCGACUGUUGUCAGAUAUGACGUCUCGAACGAAUGCACUCAAAGCCAGCCUUCGGGUGAUGGAUACGUCUUUGGAAGAUGUGCAGAUUGCGAGGGGUCAGCAAUUGCGAGAUUCCGUCUCCAGUAUCGUCACGAUGGAUAGCCCGGCGACAGGCAGUGUCAUCGACACACCUGGCAGCUCGCCUGCAUCAUCGGUUAUUAUCAGCGGGAAUGGAUGGAAGACGCCCGUUGGUGGCUCAAGCCGCCGCGAGAGCUCAGUUGGCAGCACCUCGACACGUUCGACAAUGUCCAAGAUUCGACGAAUGUCAGGCCUUCCCCAGCCCACGGCAACGUUGACUGGACGGAAGUCCUCCAUCCCGAUACCAGCCGGACUGGCAUCUCCAACGCCCUCCUACACCAGCAGCGCUGCCACUCCCACGCCGGCUUCUCGCAGACUAUCACGCACUCCUCAACCACCCUCUACAAUCCCCACUCGCCCUCGUUGGACCAACAGCACCAAUUUGAAUGACGUGGACUCCGGUAACUAUACCGUCCGAAAGUCAUCUGCUCCGGCGCGCACACCUCGACCAUCAUCUACCCUUCCCAAUCCAUUCCGACGCGAGUCGACUGCUUCUCCUAUACCGGGGGCUCUCCCAGGAAGAUCGAUCAGUCGCUUGUCGAGCCGACUGGCUUCAUCAUCCCGCAGUCCCGCACGGAAUAUUUCCUCUCCAACACCAGUCCGAUCCUCCCUGCUCGAUCCACCCCCUUUCAGUGGUCUUCGCAGACCGUCGGGCCUGUCCGAGACUCCUCGCAGCCGGCAGAGCUUUGCCGGUAUCCCAUCAUUCGGUCGCAGCGUCUCAAGGACCCAAGAACCAACCGACAGCCCAAGCAAAUCGACUCGUCCGGGCACCGCAUUAGGUCACUCCACGAACAAGCGCGCCAGUCUACUCCCACUACCCAAGCGAAACGACAAGACCCCUGCGCAAAAAGUGGAGACCCGACCGCCAUGGAGGGCAUAA